UCGUCAUCACGCACAUAUCCGAUCUGUCCUUGAAGCAUAACACGGGCAAGAUGGUUGCAUACUGGAGACAGGCAGGCCUCAGCUACAUCCGCUUCUCCUCUAUCUGCGCGAGCGCGGUGCGGGCGGCGAUGAAGCCGCAGUUCCAAGCCAACGCUUUGAAGCUCGCAGAAUCCAACGUGAAAGUCAUCAAACCCAAAGCGGCAGCAUGAUUUGAGGCCGGGAUGGAGAUAGUUUUACCUUGAGUUGUGAGGUCCUUUCACUCUCCAGUCCUGCACACCGGGGAGAAGACAAGAAAAGAUGGAUGACAUCAAGAUGACCUGAAUGAAAUUGCUGUAUUUUCCCUUUGUAAUUUAAAAAUGGAUAUCGGAAAUACAUUUUGUCUCCUUGUAUUCUUGUCUUCUGGUGAAUACAGUAUUUACAGCACUGCAGAAUGACACACAAAAUACAUUUUUGUCUAACAAUUUUUAUUUUGGUAUAAAUAAAUCAGUACAGUAGUAUACAUAGUCAUGUACAGAAACCUGGUAUUUACAGAGGUAUGCGUGUGCUGAUCCAUGAGUAUAUCAAUGGUUUGUUGAACUUUCAUUGAUGCUGUACGAUGUUGGGGAAGAGGGUGUUUGUGUGUACUGUACAAGCAUUAAAAAUCUGAAUCCAAAAUCA